AUGGGGAUGCAACAGCCCAGCCAACAAACAGAUAGUCUUGUCAAGCGCUUGGCCGGCCCGUCUACUGGCAAAGCUGGGCUGGCCAAGGACCAGACUGAGAUCAAUCGUAUCAUAGCUGAAGCCUCGAAGGGUUCCAAAUUCUACGAUAAUGAGAAGAAGAAAGACAAGGACCUUACUCAGCGCAUAGAAAAGAUCCUCGCUGUUCGGGAUGAAGCGCUGAGAGGCGCUGAUAUAGGCGCAAUUGAGGCCACAGUCGACCAUAUUCUUGCCGAGUUGGAAAGUGAGCGAGAUCUGUCUCAGUACAUCGUGCAUGUUGACAUGGAUGCCUUUUUUGCUAACGUUGAGAUGCUAUACCAACCCGAAGUGAAGGGAAAGGCGUUCGGUGUAGGAAUGGGCGUUCUCACAACCGCCAGCUACGAAGCCCGCCAAUAUGGCGUGCGCAGCGGGAUGCCUACCUUCAUCGCCAAAAAGCUCUGCCCCGACCUCAUCCUCGUCAAAAUCAACCACGAACGCUAUUCAGAAAAGUCGAAGCAGGUGAUGGACAUCUUCCGGCGAUAUGACCCCACGAUGUGCCCGGCGAGUUGUGAUGAGGGAUACCUCAACAUCACCAAGUAUUGCCGCGAACACGACAUUGGUCCCGAAGAAUGUGUCGCCGAAAUGCGUCGUGUGGUGCACGAGGAGAGCGACCUCACCGUCAGUGCGGGGAUAGCGCCGAACAAGAUGCUCGCCAAGAUUUGCUCAGAUAAGAACAAGCCAAACGGCCAAUUCUACCUUCCUUUCGACCGCUCCAGCAUCAUGUCCUUCAUGCGCGACCUCUCAAUACGCAAGAUCCCCGGCGUGGGGAGGGUAAACGAGCGAUUGUUGGAGUCUAUUGGUAUCAAGACCUGCGGCGACAUCUACACGCACCGCGCAACCGUCUACCUCAUGGACAAACACUUUGGGAUGCGCUUCCUCCUGCAAACAUACCUCGGCAUCGCAUCGAAUACGGUGCGGCCGCCGGAAAGGCAGGAGAGAAAGAGUAUCGGGGCGGAGAGGCGAGUAACCUUCAACCCCAUCAGCGAGAAGGACAAGAUCAUGCUCAAGCUGGACGAGGUAGCAGCGGAGCUCGAGGACGAUAUGAGGACGUCGGGCUGGGCGGGGCGGACGGUGACGCUGAAGUUUAAGCUGGAUACGUAUCAAGUCUUUACCCGCGCGAAAUCCUUCGACAGAUGGAUCACGAGCAAGGAGGAUUUGUAUGCGGCCGGCAAAGAACUCCUCGCCCCCGAAUGGCCGCUCAUCCUACGCCUCAUUGGUCUGCGCGUGACGAAGCUCAAGGAUCUGCGUGCGCCGGAGCCGAGUGGGGGUAUCAAGAGGUUUUUCGGCGCCCCGAGCCACUCGCCUACGAAGCGGAGGAAGCUGUCCGCAGAGUCCGAUAUGGGUGCAUACGCCAAAUCAGAAGGGAUGGCAUCAGCACCUAUCACGGUUGACGACCUCGACGAAGCGAUGCCCGGCUUCCACGAAGAGGAGGAAAACGAGCCGGAUUUGAGUCAGCAUGACGAUAUUGCGAGCCUGAGCCAGCACGACGACAAUGCGGGUGUCAGUGCGGCUGACUUUGGGCUGGAGGGGGAUGGGGAAAACGAUGCGGAACGGUCAACGUCGUCCAAUAAGCCUGUCUUCGCGGCGCAGUCCAGCAAGCCAAUUUCUUACACCGCUGCGAGGUCCUCUUCAACCAAACCCUCGUCUAAGCCCCCGUCCAAACCGCCACGCUCGCCAUCGCCCACCGAAGAGCAACACGACUGUCCCAUAUGCGGGAAGACACUCGCGGCGGACAACGACGGAUUGAACCAGCACAUAGACUGGUGUCUGUCUCGCGGAGCGAUACUGGAGGCACAGAGACAGUCUAGUCGGACGACCCAACUGCAUCAGGCGGCAGGGGCAGCCGUUGGCAGUAAGGCACCGAAUUCGAACGCGCGGACGAAGUUCCAACCUCGACGAUGA